AUGUCCUUCACGCUCGGCACGCUGACGGACAGUCUAGGCGAGAAGCAGAUUAAGGCCAAAGAGCUCACCGACGCUUCCAGGAUAGUUUUCGCAGUCUAUUGUGGAGAUGCUCUAGUGCUUGCACUUUGGUUCCAGACGCGUGGAGCUAAACGAGCUGGACACAGAGAUGGCUAUCUCGCGCUAGUGACCGUGCUCGCAUCAGCAAUCGACCCGCAGGUAUUUAGCCAAGAGGUCAUGGGCCCAGAAGACCUUGUGGACACGUUAAUAAACGCGUGGACCUCCGAAAUGGCUGCCCGCGGUUUGCGGGCGGAGCCUCUGCCGGUGUCUUUCAGGUCUAAAACGUCAUUCGCGACUCUCGCGACGCUCCCUUCGCCUCUACUCACCCUUUCCCAGUAUCGCAUUGAACUGGCGACCGCAGACGACGUCGAGAUUCUCGCACGUCAGUUUUCUGCGUUCACGGCCGCGUGGGGAAAGCGCCUUUCCAUCGACGACGCGCGACCGCGCGUAACGCUAUCCGUUGACUUCGGCGCGGUAUGGGUGUGCCGCGUUGGCGGCGAGCUGGCGGCGUUCUGCGUCACGAGGCGCGCCACAGCCUGCACGAUUGCGCUCCGCAAUGUGUACGUCGACCCGCAGCACCGUAGGAAGGGGAUCGCCGCGGCGCUGACGACGGGCAUGCUGCGGUAUUUCCUCGGGGCGCAGCCGCUCGGGUUUGAGGGCGCAUCAAAUGACCCGCCCGCCGCGCCGGGCGUCAAACGGGAGGUCUGCCUGAACGUUGCCGAGGACUUUGUGGAGAACAUGUAUGCGAAGUGUGGGUUCCUGUUUGGCGAGGACGCUAGGGAUCCAAUAAUGAGCAAGAGACCGUGGAUCCCGCUCGUAGUCCGUGGAGCGAAGAUGGUUCAGGGCUGA